AUGACAAGCUUCAAUGAUGAGGCGGCAUUGGUGGACUCAUUCUUCUUGCCGGGUGGAAUUUUGGAUCCGGAUCAAGAAGAAGACCAAGAAGAAGCUGCUGCUGCAGCUGAAACUCGAAAGCCACCCUAUCCCCCUGGCAUUGGCCCACCAACCACAACCACUCCUUAUCAAUGGACGGAUGCGCCUCCAUUGGCACAGACACAGACACAGACACAGCCCACGCUAACCUAUCUGGCGCCGGAAACAGAAGAAAUGAGGGAAGAAGAACCCAAUUCGUUUUGGAGCACCAACAAUGCUGCUAGCAAUAACAUGCCGUUUGACCCGUCCCCACAGCCCUUUGCGACAACCAACACUCCCCAACCUUGGAUGCUGCCAGCAACUGUGGAGGAAACUUUUCAAACAAUAACAGCCAACAAUCAGGAAGAGGAUCCCAACAACAAUUUACUGCACAAUCCAGGACUCUUUCCCUAUGGCAAUACUUUGCAGCAAAGCAACAGUCAAAACAGUGAUCUGGUGGCACAAUUGCCACGCUGUGCACCCGAUCACGAUCCCCUUCAGCAUUUAAAAGCCCUGCAAUUUACAACAACUCCUCUACCGGGACCACUUGGCAUAACGACCAUUGAUGUUACCACCACCAGUGGACCACAAAAGCCACUACCUUCGGCCCAAGAAGUCGAAGAUGUUCGCAAAAUGGUAUCGGUGCUGUCUUCCUCCUUGCGAAAUAUUGUUGGGACGUCGGAUCAUGCUCUUCCGGAACAUUUAUUGCGACCGGAUAGCCCACCCAAGAUUAUUCGACGUCCGUCUUCCUUGACGCAUCAUCGAAUCAACCUGCCGUUGGAACUCCCUGAUGAGCAACAACAACCGGCUGCUCCCAAUCACGAGGUCCAUCACGAUGACGACGACAACGAUUUUUUGAUUGAUCACCAAUCCACCACAUCAUCCUUGUCAAGCGGCAGUGCCAAGCGGGAUGAUUCCCAUCGCUCGCACUCGUCGGUGCCACUCAGUGUCCAUUAUCAACCAUCCGAAACAUCCUUUCUGGUACAACAACAGCCAACCAAGACAUUCUUACCAGAAACAGACGGACCUCUCUUGUUCCCACCCUCACAACCAACAUUGCCACUAACCGAAAAACAACAGCGGCCACUCUUGUCCACUUUUGCGGCAGUAGCACCACCGCCAGGGUACCAGCAUUUGCCGCCCCCGCAACGUUACCGAUUUGAGGACGAAGAACCCAAACCGGCCCCGAUCCCGUCCCCACUGCCUCACAGCAAAGCACUGGUCCCUUCACACGAAGAAGGAGAAGAUAUGCCGGAAGAGGACGAAGAAGAAGUGCCAGAAGAAGAAAAUAUUUGGCAACAAGUCGUACCCAAAGAGCCACGGGAACCACCAAAGGAGCAAAGAAUUGCUCCAAAGUCAAUGGAACCACCACCUGUGGAAGCUAAAAAGUUGUUGGAGGCUGCAGCUUCGACAAGCAGAAACAGAGAUAGCAAUACGGCUGGUCAACAAAAGACAAGCACCACCACAACCACACCUACGAUUGUAGCAGACUCAACGGUGGAACCAACACAAGUUGUUGCAACCACCUCCACCACAUCGACCAAGAAGAAACGAUCCGGGAGAAAACACAAGUCCUCCAAAAGGGGGACUGCAGGAACCGGUACUCGAAACAAUAAUAGAGAACCCCAACUCCACCAAAAUGAUGUGCUCAAGACUGGAAAGACCCCUGUCGUGGUGGAGGAAGCACCCCCUCCAAGGGAAAGUCCCACUCGAACAACUGUGCCAUCAACAGGGACCGCCAUCACGAGGCCCGUGACAACCACAACAAAAACAUCCAAAACGAAACCGAUAACCCACACCACAAUAGCAGGAGCCACAGCAUCGACGACCAGAACAACGGCCAGAACUACUACAUCAAUGAACACCAUGACUUCGGUGCUUGUUUGCAUCGACAACAGCAUGGACUUUGCAAGACGCUGCACACAGUUCCAAAUGUCGCUGCUAUCACGCAUGAUACAAGAAGCAGUGAAAGAAGCAGUGGAACGACAAUCGAUUGCUGGGUGCUAUGCGGCCAUCUACUUUACACCAGUCAUAUGUGAUUUGAUCAUGGACCAAUGCGUAUGGCUGCCUCACUUCUUCCCAGGUAUCACACUGGGCAUUGUCCUGACAUUGAUCUGCCGGGCCAUGUUGAAGGAUCAAUACCUGAUUGAAAUGGCUUCUUUCUCUCCAGCCCAGUUUGCAGUACCUCCUCCGCAGCAACAAGGUGAAAAAGUUGGACGUGGCGCUUCAACUAAGAAGAAGACCCAAAAGGCAACCCCCAAAGUCCAGCUACAUGACAUUUCGGCAGUCACUCUGUCGCAAAAGGAGUACCGCUUGCAGGAGCUACGGUCAAUGGAGGCCAAGAUCUGCAUACGCCUGCUGAGGAGCCUUCGUUGGGUGCUGCCAACUGUAGUCCUUGCAGCGGCUAUGGUGGACAGGACAUUCGAAGAAGACAUUGUACCUGCGCUUCGCCUUGUGGCUGCCUUUGGGUUGUCCAUGUUGCAAACAAUUAACUUAUUCAGCCCUUUGGCAUGGACCAGUGCAUCCAUGCAGGUGCUGGUUGCCCUUACCAUGCAAAACAGUCAUCCCUACAUGGAGCGCUGGUUCGGAGUGGAAGUCCUAGUGGGUUCCCUUGGCUUAUCAACGCUUCGGUUCUUGCGGUUAAGCGCCGGUGCUAGACAGAAGUACCUGUAAUCGACGUGCCGAUCAGUAAUGCCUGGUGCCUUUGAUGGCAAAAGUCAGCUGCGAGAUCUCGUCGCUGAAUCUUUUGACAGGGUCUGACUACCAUGGCUGUGUGUGCUGCUCUGU